AUGCCCCUACAUGUUAUCCCGCUAGUAAUGGGCUCAGCAUUCUUACUAGUCACUGAGUACUCGACCCAUGUUGUGAAGGCUUCGGAUAUCAUGUCUGGAAAUGCGUCUUUUGCCAAAAUUGCUUUCCCGCCAGCGCCUCCCAACGGACAGAGGCGUAAGCACUCUGUUCUAGCAAUAAAUUCGGGAAUUUCUGACACUGGUUCUAGGGAGUCUUGUGACAUCCUGGGCACGUCCCUUGAGGACACCGCAGUAUGCCUACGACCACGACGAUAUGUAUCUUGCCAUGGAAGACGGUGACAUCUACUUUUUAGAGGUGGAUACUCAAGGCCCAAAUUUGAUUCAAUUGGCCAACAAAGCCUGCCGCCUUGACUGCUCGAUUGGGACGGCGUUUGCAUCAUUGGAUUUUGGUCUUACCAAAAAUGACAUGCUUGUUGCCGGCGGGGAAAUGAGCAGUGGUGGAGUGUACCUAGUAAGUUUUGUCAAAUUGAUGAUGUUCCACCUCCGCUUCAUCCCUAUCCGAUAUGUUCCAGCGACUUGAACUGAAGCUCUUGGAUCAGUUAAAGAUAGGGCCUCAUCCGGCUGAGACCGAGCCAAAGUUAGAGGAGUCUGUGGCCAAUUGGUCACCGGUUUUCGACUUUGAGCUUGUUAACCUGCCUGCCCAAGGCCAUGCUAGUGGAAAAGUGGAAAGAGAUCGGAUUCUUGCUUGCACGGGUCGUGGAGAUCAUGGUGCAAUUACCGAACUCCGUUAUGGAAUACAGGCUAGGAUCCAGGGGUCAGCAGAUCAUCAGAUGAGAGGUGUUCGAAGGUUGUGGGUGCUACCAGAUUGCUCGGAUGUCGGUUACUUCCUGUUCUCAUCGUUACCGGAUCAGUCGAAUUUGUGCUUCUUAAAACCCGAUGGAGAGUGGGAGGACGCAAGUGACCUCGAAUUGUUGGAUAUGAACGAAACUACUCUGGCUGCUGGUGCCGUGGGGAAGCAUUCGGCACAGGUUACACCAAGCACAAUUAAUAUCGCACAGUUAAAGCAUACUAGCCUCACGAACCACCGAGAAGUUGGCAGGGACGUUGAAAUGGCGGAUGAACCGCAAAUGUCAAUUCUUAGACGCCGAUGCGGCGGCGGGGAUGUUAUAGUAGCCGCAGCCUUGAAAGGGAAUCAUAUUGUGGUCGCUAUUCGCAAUGGGUUUCUAGUUAGGUUGACAUUAGCUACUAUUGUGGUUGAUGAAAAUAUGUGAGUUCUCUGCAGGCCUAGCUACAUAUACAGUACUGACAUUUCUCAGCGAAGACUUCCUUAGCCCUAUUGGGAUUCCCACAAGCUUAGCCGAGGAACCAACUUUCAUCUCGGUAUUGGAAAUGUAGGUCUCUGAUGUGUGAUACUGAUUAUUUGCCUCUUUGCAAAUUUAAUAAUGACCUGGGACAGCAAUGGCCGAAUAUUGGCUGCGGUAGGAACCCGGCAAGCUACAAUACAAUUAUUUCUCUUCGAUUUCUCAAAUGGGCUUGUGCCUCUCCUGGAAAAGUCAAGUAAGUCCCGUAUUCCCUGUCAGGAAGCACGGCCUAACGAGCACAGUGAUGAGCGACAGCUGUCAAGGGGAGCAGGACUUGUUCAUUUGCGAAUGUGCUGUUAUUAUCCGGGCGAGUGGGGCGGCACGAAUGCUAUGCGGCUUGCGAGGAGGCACUGUCCUGGUGAUGGACAUACAAUGGCAACGAGGUGAAUCUGCACUUUGAUGACAUAUGGCCAAUGACCGCCAAUACUGGAUUUGGCCAUAAGGCAAUACGUUAGGGAAUACACAAGUACUGACUUACGAAGGCCUCAGCCUGGAGAGGAUCGAUGGGAUCAAGUUUGGCCCAACGCCGGUCCAAAUAUACCCAGAUGUUAGUCGUAGCGAUUCGGCAUUCAUUUUGGCUGGGCCUGAACUAUUUCGGUUUGAUUUGCCAAGUGGUAACUUCAGGGCAUCUCAAGUUGUGUUUGAAGAAUCUGAAGUUGAGGUAGCUCUUUUAAUCCCCCCAUGGGCACGGCGAGCAACAGAAACUGACUUCUACCCAGCCUUCUCUUGUUGCUUUCGCCCAAAUCGAUACCUCGCCAGACCCCGAAAAUAUAGUUGUUGGCGUUACGAAGGAUCAAAUUUUUUUCGCCGAUGUGGGGGAAAGCGAGAAGGUCUGUGUCCGGAGGUUAAGGCUCUACGAGACACCUAGAAGGCUCCUAUUCUACAAGCCAUUGAACAUCUUGAUCGUUGCCUGCUCUAGGACUGCAUCCGACGACCCGCGCGUUGAGAGCGAAAAACACGUUCCAGGAAAGCGCAAAUCCUUCUGUUCGUUGCGAUUUAUAGACCCAAGAACGUGAGCAUAUAAAUACCCCCCACCAGUGCAUUUGGGGAUCGGUUUGCACGAUUUCAUUGACCCGCCUCCACCCUAUCCACCACGUCAAAAGCCUAUUAUCAAAUGCCCCAGAAGGCCUAGGUGUUGUGUUAAGGAAUUUGGCGUGGUAUCUAGUCUUUACUGACGAAGAAUAGGGGCCAGUCAAAGGCUGAUAAUGACAUCCGUGAUAGCUCAAAGAAAGAUAUUAUCUUUGGGAAGGCAAACGAGCAGAUUUAUUGUUUGACAGGUUUUGUCACCUCAUCUUAUCGCUCAAACCAAGCGGAUCUAACCAUCUGAUAGAAUGGAGUAUGGAGACCGAGGGAAAAUUUUACCGGUAUAUCGUUGUCGGAACUGGUUAUAUCAACGUUACAGCUUCCAGUCACCUUAAAGGCCGUGUUCUAGUACUGUCGGUUAUACUAGGGCCAUCCGGUGGCGUUGAAGUCCGUCGACGCUAUCAGAUCCCGUGUGAAGCACCAGUGUAUUCGCUCGCGCCAUACAGCAACAGGUAAAGAGAGGUGAUCGGACAGGGUGCUGAGAAAUUUUUGCUAAUUUUACCAGUUCACUAGUAUACUGCUCAGGUCACAGCAUCAAUAUGAGGACUCUAAACGCGCAAACUAAGAAGUGAUACACCUUUCAAGGCACCUGUCGGCCCUGGUCUAACAUGUCCUUAGAUUUGAUGUUGUCGCAGAGAAAAGGCUUAGAUCCCCAGCAGUUCAAAUAACCGUGGCAGAGCCUUGGAUACACUUGUCAUGUGGGGAAGAUUCAAUGCUCAUCCUCAAAUUUGAGGAUGACAAAUUUAACGAACUUUUCAGGUAUGAUACCCCUGCCGAAUAUGCAAUGGCGCAAUUUUCAUAACAGUUUCUCACAAUGGCCAGCGACGAGGUUGCUCGGAAUGGUUUCCAUCAUUUUCAACUGCUCCAAGGGUUUUUUCUUGCAACGGAUAAAGAACUAGGAGUUGUGGGAUUAUGGCAGCCCCCAGGUAUUAACCUAACCAUCCUUUGGAAGAGGGGAUAGGAUUUCUAACGCAUCCACAGACCGCCGUAAUGUUGAAAGCUUAGUCACAGUUGUUGAGGCCGAACUAACCAGCUCCGUCUCCCGCAUACGGCAAGGAAACCUCCGCCCUCCUUGGCACAUGAAAAGGGCACCUCCGGGAACAAGGACCUCGGGCAAGGAUCUUAUCGCCUCGGGGAUUGAUGGCUCCAUGUUCCACCUCACUUUGCUAGAGGAGGACUCAUUGCAUCUGUUACGAUACAUUCAGGACUUAUACCGAACCAAGGCGGGCAUCGGAAGACACAGCCCCCAAGGCACUGAUAAUGGAUUACGGGACCCACGUAUGGGCCACGUUGAUGGCGACAUUUUGGUAGCGGUAUUGAAAUUGGGAAAUGAAUGGCUGAGAGAGAUGUUGAUGAAGUUGGACGAAACAGGUGGUUCUGCCCUUGCAGGUUUCACUGAGCUGGUCGGGAGAGUGCAGGGGAUAUUUCAACAGGAGUCUGAUCCUGUUGAUGCCGUCAUGAAGUACAUGAAUGAGCUGGUUCACGGAGUUGUCUUGUAGAUUAUUAUUUUUUAGAUCGGAGUUCUGUUUCAAAGGUGGCACUAGUCUUUUUCU